CGUGAUUUUUCUGUCAAUCUGUAUACACAGGAUUAGUAUAUUCCACUCUGAUUUAGGAGUUUCACAGACUGUGCUUAGCAUGUUGAGGCGCGACAAUGCCGAUCCGGUCAUCCGGCAGUUUAUCCUUCGCACUGCAGUCCUCAAUUAUCUUGGCAAGAGUCUGCGGGAGCAGUACAAUGAAUAUUGCCUGUUGGGCAUCCAUCACGAAGAAAUAAGCCUGAAGAUUGGGAGUGAUCAAGAGCUUGCAGCCGAGCCAACUCUUUCUGAGCUAUUUGAGAUGCAACGGCUGAAGACGACUGCCACCCAUCGUCUGCUGAUGCGGGAGUACCACGAACUGUUGGCCUACAUGAUGGACAAGAGUGAUCUGUGGGACAGUCCGGAGUACUUCAAGGCCAAGGCGGCCCUUGGGGCGGCUACCCACAAUCUACGGGUUUGUGCACCCACCAAACCAAUGGACUAAAACCAGUCGGGAGCGCAUUUGCCAACGAUAGAGAACAAUUCCAUUCAAUCAGUUAUAUACAUACAUAGUGAA